ACCAAACAGACCGCUUCUGGCAUUAGUAAUGGCGGAAGGUGGUAGAAUCGAAGUCUAAAGCAAUCGAUAUUUAUCUGCUUCAUCUCUCGGUAGAGAUACUUUAUAUUUUAGGAGCAGCACCCAGAAAAAGUCGCCGACAAGAUGAUGUCCUACGCCGAUAUGGACGAUGACAUGAACUAUGGGGAGGAAGAUGGAGAUGAGAUCUCCCCAGAUAUCUGGCAGGAGGCCUGUUGGCUUGUAAUCUCAUCAUAUUUUGACGAGAAAGGUCUUGUACGACAGCAGCUGGACUCCUUUGAUGAAUUUAUUACCAUGACCAUCCAGAGGAUUGUUGAGGAUUCACAGGCAAUUGAUCUCCAAGCUGAAGCCCAGCACACAGCAGGAGAACUUGAGACUCCACCUCGUCAUCUGUUGAAGUUUGAGCAGAUUUACCUUAGUAAGCCAACCAAUUGGGAGAAAGAUGGUUUCAACUACAGCAUGAUGCCUAAUGAAGCACGACUGAGGAAUCUGACCUACUCAUCACCACUCUAUGUUGAUAUUGUUAAAACUGUUAUUAAAGAUGGAGAAAAACCAAUUGAACACAAAGAAGAAAAAAUUUAUAUAGGCAAGAUUCCAAUCAUGUUGAGGUCAACGUAUUGCUUGCUUAGCGGUCUGACAGAUCGUGAUCUCCAUGAAGUAAACGAGUGUCCCCUUGAUCCUGGUGGUUACUUUAUCAUCAACGGCUCUGAAAAAGUAUUGAUUGCUCAAGAAAAGAUGGCCACAAAUACUGUGUAUGUAUUCAGCAUGAAGGACGGCAAGUUUGCUUACAAGUGUGAAAUUCGUUCUUGUAUUGAACAUUCUGCCAGACCUGUCUCUACACUGUGGGUUAACAUGAUGGCCAGGGGUGGAAGUAGUGCAAAGAAGUCGGCCAUUGGUCAGCGUAUUAUUGGUGUCCUCCCAUAUGUCAAGCAAGAAAUCCCCAUCAUGAUUGUGUUUCGUGCUUUGGGUUUUGUGGCUGAUCGUGAUAUUCUUGAACAUAUUAUCUAUGACUUUGAUGACCCGGAAAUGAUGGAGAUGGUAAAACCAUCCUUAGAUGAAGCUUUUGUAAUUCAGGAGCAAAAUGUUGCUCUCAACUUCAUUGGUGGCCGUGGAGCUCGCCCAGGUGUGACAAAAGAAAAGCGUAUAAAGUACGCUCGUGAAAUUUUGCAGAAGGAAAUGUUACCUCAUGUUGGUGUGUCAGAUUUCUGUGAAACCAAGAAAGCAUAUUUCUUGGGUUACAUGGUUCACAGGCUGCUGUUGGCUGCUCUUGGUCGUCGAGAAUUGGAUGAUCGUGAUCACUAUGGAAACAAGAGGUUGGACUUGGCUGGACCGCUCAUGGCACUGCUUUUCAGAGGACUAUUCAAGAGUUUGAUGAAAGAAGUUCGCAUGCAUGCACAAAAACUCUUGGACAAAGGCCAGGAAUAUGGUCUGGAUGCUGCUGUUAAACCAAAGUUGAUCACUGAUGGUUUGCGAUAUUCCCUUGCAACUGGUAAUUGGGGUGACCAGAAGAAAGCUCAUCAGGCUAGGGCUGGUGUAUCUCAGGUGUUGAACCGAUUGACUUUUGCCUCUACCUUGUCACAUUUACGACGUGUCAACUCUCCUAUUGGACGAGACGGUAAACUGGCCAAGCCACGUCAGCUUCACAACUCUCUUUGGGGCAUGAUCUGUCCUGCCGAGACACCAGAGGGAGCAGCUGUCGGUCUUGUCAAGAACUUGGCUCUCAUGUCAUACAUUUCUGUCGGAUCACAGCCUGCACCAAUUCUUGAGUUCUUGGAGGAAUGGUCCAUGGAAAAUUUGGAAGAAAUUGCUCCAUCAUCUAUUUAUGAUGCAACAAAGAUUUUUGUCAAUGGAUGCUGGGUUGGUAUUCAUCGUGAUCCAGAGCAGCUCAUCAUGACACUACGAAAGCUCAGACGUCAGAUGGAUAUUAUUGUAUCUGAGGUGUGCAUGGUUAGAGAUAUUCGUGACAAAGAAAUCCGUAUCUACACUGAUGCUGGUCGUAUCUGUCGUCCUCUGCUAGUUGUAGAAAAUGGUAAACUGUUGUUGAAGAAGAGACACAUUGAUUUACUGAAGGAGAGGGAGUAUAACAACUUCAGUUGGCAGGAUCUUGUAGCCAGUGGUGUGGUAGAGUACAUUGACUGUUCUGAGGAGGAGACCAUUAUGAUUGCUAUGUCUCUUGAGGACUUUGGUGUAGAGGAGGAGAAGACCUACUGUAACACAUACACUCACUGUGAGAUUCAUCCUGCUAUGAUUCUCGGUGUGUGCGCUUCCAUUAUUCCUUUCCCUGAUCACAACCAGUCUCCUCGUAACACUUACCAGAGUGCUAUGGGUAAGCAAGCUAUGGGUGUCUAUAUUACCAACUUCCACGUGCGGAUGGACACCCUGGCCCACGUGCUGUUCUACCCUCAGAAGCCACUUGUAACUACCCGGUCCAUGGAAUACCUUCGUUUCAGAGAACUGCCUGCAGGAAUUAAUUCCAUUGUAGGAAUUGCCUGCUAUACUGGUUACAACCAAGAAGAUUCUGUUAUUAUGAAUCUGUCCACUGUGGAACGAGGCUUUUUCAGAUCCUGUUUCUACCGUUCCUACAAAGAUUCUGAAACUAGACGCACUGGCAUGCAAGAAGAGUGUAUAUUUGAGAAACCAUCAAGAGAAACGUGCCAGGGCAUGAGGCAUGCUAUCUACGACAAAUUAGAUGAUGAUGGAAUCAUUUCUCCUGGAAUGCGUGUGUCUGGUGAUGAUGUUAUCAUUGGCAAGACCAUCACUCUCCCUGAAAAUGAAGAUGAACUGGAAGGCCAGACUAGAAGAUUUUCCAAGAGAGAUUCUAGCGUGUUCUUGAGAGGCUCAGAAACUGGUAUCGUUGACCAAGUGAUGUUAACAGUAAAUGUAGAUGGAGAUCGUUUCACAAAGAUUCGUGUGCGAUCUGUUAGAAUUCCUCAGAUUGGAGACAAGUUUGCUUCACGUCAUGGACAAAAGGGUACUUGCGGUAUCCAGUACAGAAUAGAGGACAUGCCAUUCACUGUGGAAGGUAUAACCCCAGACAUUAUCAUUAACCCUCAUGCCAUUCCGUCUCGUAUGACAAUUGGCCAUUUAAUUGAAGCUCUCCAAGGUAAACUGGGAGCUAACAAGGGGGAAAUUGGUGAUGCUACUCCGUUUAACGAUGCCGUGAAUGUACAAAAGAUCUCCAACCUGCUGCAGGAGUAUGGCUAUCACCUGAGAGGCAAUGAGGUAAUGCACUGUGGACACACUGGCAGAAAGAUGAAUGCCCAGAUCUUCUUGACUCCUACUUAUUAUCAGCGUCUGAAGCAUAUGGUGGACGAUAAGAUCCAUUCACGUGCUAGAGGACCUGUACAGAUUCUGGUCAGGCAGCCUAUGGAAGGUCGUGCAAGAGAGGGUGGCUUGCGUUUUGGUGAGAUGGAACGUGAUUGUCAGAUUGCUCACGGUGCAGCUCAGUUCUUGCGAGAACGUCUGUUUGAAGUUAGUGAUCCAUAUGCUGUACACGUCUGCAAUCUGUGUGGUCUCAUGUGUAUUGCUAAUCUUCGUAACAACACCUUUGAAUGCAAAGGGUGUCGCAACAAAACUCAGAUCUCUCAAGUUCGGCUACCAUAUGCCUGUAAGCUGCUGUUCCAAGAACUAAUGGCUAUGAACAUCGCCCCAAGGAUGAUGGUGCUGAAGUAAUCUACUGUUGAUUUGAAGGAUAUUUUAGGUAUUCUCUGCAAUGUGAUGUG